AUGUUCAAGUCAUUGUUUGCUCUUUCUCUGCCUCUCUGCUUCGUCGCAGCAGCUGUCUCCAACUCUGCGACUUCUCUGACUCUCCUCUAUCAGAACAACCUUAAUGGUAGCGACGACGUCAAUCAUGUUGGGUUUCUCCUUCUAGACGAAUUCGAGGCGAAGGAUGCCACUGCUGCUUGUGGUGCAGUGAAUGAAAAGCUUCUCCAAAAAGCCACGAUCGAAGCACACUCGGACGACAUCCUCCAGUCAUUGUCAUACCUCGAGUUUGUGGACCGAGCAUCUCAAGAGCAGUCAUACUUCAUCGAAAAUGCAGUUGUGUCGUUCUCCAAGCGUACCAGAAAGCUGAGCUAUCCUGCUUUGCCGUCGAAAAACAGAGAGCUUCCCGUGUUGUGUACACAGUCCAGCAACGACAACCAGCCAUAUAAUUCAAAGGUGUCUCCAAGUAACCAGAUCGCCGUAGCCUCCUCUGGAAACACCUUUGUUGGUUUUAGAAACAAGAAAUCUUUUCGUUUCCUCGGCAUCCCAUAUGCGGACCCACCCAAAAGAUUCGUUUAUUCCUCUCUCUACUCCUCGACUGGGAAGACCAUCAAUGCAACCUCGUACGGCCCUCAGUGUGCUCAAGGCGGUUCCGGCAGUGAGGAUUGCUUGUUUCUCAACAUCCAGACUCCUUACAUCCCUAAGAAAGGAGACAAAAGUGACUUGCGGCCUGUCAUGUUCUGGAUCCACGGAGGCGGGUUCACCGGAGGAUCUGGGGCAGAUCAACUCAGCGAUGGAGGAAACUUGGCAUCAAGAGAAGACAUUGUGGCUGUGAAUAUCAACUACCGUCUUUCAACUUUGGGUUUCCUGGCUAUCCCUGGUACUGAUAUCAAGGGUAACUAUGGCAUUGCUGAUCAAAUCACUGCGCUUGAGUGGGUAGUCAAAAACAUCGCAUCAUUUGGAGGUGAUCCCCGACACAUUACCAUCAACGGGGAGUCUGCUGGUGCUGGAUCUGUUAGGGUCCUUCUGGGGUCCCCACCUGCUAUUGGGAAAUACCAAGGAGCCAUUGCCAUGUCGAACCUUGGUGGUGGCGUCACGCUCGGUCUUUCGGGAGACUACGCUACCACAUACAGUACAUACCUUACCGUAAACGAAUCCUAUGCUAACGCGGGGCAAAACAUAUUCAAGGCAGCUGGAUGCACCCAAGCGGCACUGGACGAUCAAAUCGCUUGCCUCAAAGCUCUGCCUGCUGCUACGGUCGUUGGACUAUCUUCAGUCGCCCGUUACGUGGUUCAAGAUGGCACAUAUGUCAACACUCCAAAACUCACUGUAACCAAACGCAAUUCCGGCACUGCACAUGUCCCUGUGAUAUUCGGGAUUAUUGACAACGACGGCGCCAGCUUCUCGACCUAUCCCAAAACUCCCAUCACCACAGAGCUUGCAGGAAUUCAGGCAUCACUUGGAAUUUCCGCAGCCUACGCACAAAGUGUCAUAGACAGCGGACUGUUCCCUCUCUACAAUACAGGAAACAUCACUCUCGACUCUUUCAACGUCUCCCAGCGUGUUGCAACAGACAUCCAAUUCCGCUGCAUCGACUCGGCAACAAUGUACGCAGCCUCCGAAACCAAUGCCUUUGAAUCAUCAUACUACUACGAAAUGCAACGGACAAUCGGCGGUUACGACCCCAAUAAUCUCGGUGGUCCGCCAGUAACACCCGGCUACCCGAACGGCAAUCCAAAUCUCCCAUAUUUCAAGCUGCACGGCGCUGAUAUGCCAUGGAUGUUUGGAACGCUCAACACGCUGCGAGACGCGAAUGAUUUGUACUCCGUGCAGCUGAUUUCCGGAUACUUUGCAGAGUUUGUCAAGACGGGACAGCCGAACCCAUCGAAGGCGUACUUGGCGGCUAGAGGGUAUACGAAGACUCUUGAGGCUGUGGAGAACACUGGAAAAUGGGAGGAGGUGAGGGGUAAGAAGGGACCGAUCAAGCUGUUGGAUUAUCCGUCUAUGACGAGUUCAUUUGUAGAUGUGCCACAGUGCGCUUUUCUCAACUACUCACUGUCGUAUUAUCUUGAUGGCGGGAAGUAG